UCAACAUAGUAACCCGGGAAAGGCAACCUCAGAAGCGGGUAGCGACAUUUCUUUCUGGGAAUCUCACCGUUGACCUGGAUAUUUGGUUGCCUGGACAAACGCUGAGACAACAAUAAUGGAUGCAUGCGGCUAGAAAAAGUUGCUAGCUUAGUUGGCACAACUGUUAGCUAACAUUGGUUUGCUAACGUUAGCUGGCUGACGUUAGCAAACAGACAGCUGAACGAAACUGAAGGAGUCCGGAGAAGUUUGGAUUAUCUUAACACGAGGAAGUCAGCAUGAAUGUGGACAUUUAGACACGUCGGAUCGUUUUACUAAAGGUGAAUGGGAGAGAUGAGGAGCAGCAGAAGGACUGAGGUGUCUGUCAAAAGCACUGCUCCACAACUCACAGAUCACAAUACUGGGACAGAGCUGACAAAUGCAUGGAAAAGUUUUGCUCAGUCCAAAGCUGCUUUGCGGCAUAUAGAAAAUCGUCUAGAGGCAGCUCCAGGGACAGGGGUUCUCCUGGAAUCUGUCAUGGACCCGCCCAAGAAGAAAUCCUCCAGGACGGUCCGUUGCAGAGAUGGACAACAAGCUGAUGGCAGUGGAGGCUCUUCAAAGCGCAGGGGGCAUAGUCAGCAGAGUCCAGAAAAGAGCAGCUCACGCAGCCCUCUGAGAAAUACCACCCAGGACAGCAAUGUCCGCAGGAACAAUAGUGUGGAGUUCAGGGAACCACUGGCCUCCUACAGAGAGGCCACCCCUCCACCACAUCCCUCCUCUCAGCUGGAGGCCUACAGUCUGCAGUCGGUGCCAGGGUCUUCGUACACAUCCUCUCCGCCUCCCUCAGAUCCUCUACUCAGCCAGCUGGUCUACCAGAGAGACACCAGGGACACACAGAUGGACAGGGACCUGGACAGUACACACUCCUCGGCUUUGGAGAGCACUGAAGUCCGCUACCUCAAUGACCAGCCAGCCCUGGUCACCCUGAGGACUACUGGAAACCAGUCACAUUUCACAGGUGUAAGAGUCCCUGCAAGGGAGGGGGCUGAUGAGGAAAGCACUCCCAAAGCACAACUUGGCAUGGAUAGCAAAGAGUCAAGCCCAUGUCUAGCUCUAGCCCCAGGUUCCAUACACCGAGGGGAGAGCACACCCUCCACCAGCCCUGGCUCAGCUUCCCAGCGUUUGGAAAACCUAAGGCGACAUCAGCCUGAUGAUAAGUUGGAGAAGCUCAAAGAACGUAUUCGCAGGCAGAGGCAACAUCUGGAGGAGGCUGCAGAGAGAGAGAAGCUGCUGGGUUAUCUGGAACAGCCUAUUAUGGCAGCUGUGGGGAGAAACAAUGCUCAUACUGGUAACAUGCCCACAGCCAAAAUAAGGAAAGUUGCAGCUGCACCGCCUGCACCUAUAUACAAAGGUUUUAACACUGCUGAGACAAAGAUCCGGACUCCUGAUGGGAAAGUUUGGAAGGAGGAGGAGUUUCAUAACCUCAGCAGAGAAAUAUACAGAGACCUGUCACAACAGUUUGCUGAGACCACCAGAUAUACGCAUCAGCAGCAGAGGGAACAGAGAGCAGACAGGUCCAGAGAGAAGAGGCCUCCCAAGCCAGUCAGAAAGGUCCACAGAGCUGCCCCUUCGUCUGACCUAAAUGCAAAACCAGUGAUAAGUCCUGCAUCUUGGCGAGAGGGCCAAAAACUGGUAAAGAUGUUACUGGGUCCAGUUCCCAAUCUGCCAAGGGAGGAAAGGCCCCAGCUAGCUGAUGGACAGAGCAGAGCAGCUUCCCAUCACCGUUCCACUUCAGACCCACGCCCGGAAUCAAAACCACGGUCUCGCCCUAACAGCACAGAAAGGCCUCGUAGUGGGUUUCGGGGGCAGUCCAAAAGCCACUCCACCACAUCUACCCCUUCAUCUGCAGAUCGGGACAAGGUCCCAGUGGGUAUAAGCUCGGACCGGUUGUCAGCAGACAUCCAGGGGAUACUCGAUGACCUUCAGCUGGAGUGCAAAGCAGCUGAGAAGGAGGAGAGGGCCCGUCAAAGGUCGCGGGGUGGGAGCAGUGGUAGGAGGGGUAGAGGGGGAUCAGGGUCACGAACAAGGACUCCUGUCUCUGUUUGGGGAACUGCAACAGGUAGCUCUUCGAGAGGCUGUCGCAGCGCCAGCCCCACUACACACAGACCAGAGACUGCUAGUACAGCUGACACAAGGCACAAAAAGAGACACUAUGAUGCUGAUACAGUUCGCCAGUACAUUUCCAGGCAACAAGAGGAGAGAAAGAGGCGUCAAGCAGAAGAGAAGAGGGCACUGAGGGAGGAGGCUGAGAGGAGAAACCAGAGAUUGCAGGAGCUGUACAGGAAGCAAAGAGAAGUGGCUAAAACAGUGGCCCUUCCCAGUGAGGUACCUGUGGCCCCUGUACAAAAGCGACUACAGGAGACCUACACCAAACUUCUGCUGGAGGAGGCCCAGCUGGGCAAGGAGGCCGCACAAACACAACCUGCUGCUCCAUCUAGUCAAAUGAGACCAAUGUACCAACCCUCAGGGGAGUCGGACAAAGAGAACAAAAGACUAGAGGCACCCCAGAGCCCUUCGAGCAGUGAUAGGUCUUUGAAUGAUCAGGCACCUCCUCCAUUAUCCAGGAAUGAUCUCGAUGUUGGAGUUGCCCCUUCGCUUCAGCCUGACUGUCUGAGCCCAGCUGUUCGACCUAUGACUGGUCCCAGCAGCAGUGCCCCUUUUGGUGAGCAUCUCCUCUCUCAGCUUCUCAGCCUGGAGACUGCAGUGGCAGCUAGCGAUAUCCAGCACACCCUGCGGCCAGCCACAGCACCUUCCAACAGAUCGCAGUCCAAGAUGUCCCGCAUUGAGGCCCUCAAGGCCACAGCCGCAUCCCUCUCCAACCGCAUAGAGAGUGAGGCACGGAAGCUUGCUGGAGAGGGGAUCAACCAUGGUACAGCAACCUCCUUGGACAUGGAUACUGUUUUGGCUCCUAGACCCUCUCAAGCUAAUCUUGAUGAUGGAUACUGGGCAGAAAUGGCUGCCACAGAAAAUAAUGAUGUGCCGUUGAGGAUCCAGAGGAUUUUGACUAGCGCAGGUCAUAGUUCAUACAAUGGCACAACUCUUCCAGGAGCAGGCAAUCUACACACCCCCAGGGGACAGAAAAAGGGUACGCACACCAAUUUGACCAAUCCACAAACAACCUCUGCUGAUGUAACUGGGCCCAUUCUCAACAGUUACACACAUGAAAGGAGGAAGCUUGUCAAUGGCUUGGAAAAGGUAGCAAGAACGGAUAAAGUGGCACAAAGGAGAGAAUAUGGUUUGAUAGAGGAUAAGAAUUGGACAGAUCUACAUGACUCAAGCGCUGGUUCCAUCAGUGAGGGUCCUCUUCUUAGUGAGGGGAGUUUUUCUGAGGAUGAGACGAGCCCUCCUCACCCCUCCAGCAAUCAUGUACCGAGACCAGCAGACCGCCUGGAGGCAGUGGACUACUGUGCAGGUCAAAGAAGGAAUUACCAGCGGUUGUCAGAGUUCCAGAGGGAGGCAGCGAGGUGCUCGGCCCUCAGCUCACCCUUUGCACAGCAUGACAGCAGCAAAGCAGCCUGGGAGGAGCUGAACAAAGGAAGCCCUCUAAGCGUUAUCAACAUUUUCACGAAGAACCUUCAUGGCCAUGUUCGAGCGAGUGAGAGGAACUCUCCCUCUGCCCAUUCUUUGCACUCUGGAAAUGGUCUCGUAGACGGAGCAGUUUAUGAAGAUGACUUUGUGUCAUCCCAUAGCAGCGGAGCCAGUGGCCAGUUAAAGAGAGGCUCCAAUUCACACAGUGUGAACAGUCAUUUUGAGGAGCUGAUGAGGAGGUCUCCUUAUGAGAAAAGUACAGGAGGCAUCAAUUCACACCACUCAUCCUUUCACUCAUCUAUUCACUCACCGCAUCUUUCCUCUGGUUCGCCGUCUGGCUCCUCACCUUUCUCCAAGCACCCUAGAAAAAGAGGCACAGCAUCAGACCAGAGUGAUGCCACUCUGGUGGAAGAGCAGAGGAGCUCCUGCUCACCUCCCUCAGAGGCAUUAUCCUCUGACUCCAGGAAGAGAGGCUCAGACAAAAGCUCUGCUCACAGCCAGGCCAAGAGUGUCCACUCUAAUGACACUUUAGGGGAAACAUCUCACCAAAGUUUGGGACUUGACAAUAAGAAGUCUUCAGCAGCCAGGCCCAAACAGGCUUCCCCUUUUGGCUCUCCAGACCCUGGUUCUCCUUCAGGAGUAGAUUCUCCCAGUGAACCUGUGAGAGGUGGCUCUCUGGGGGCAAAUAACCAAAUCACAGGCACCACAGCUCGCAGUGGUAGAGCAGAGACCAAGACCACAGGUGAACUACAGUAUUCACCUGCUGUCUUGCAGCAGCGUAUGGCAGCGGAGCUCCAGUACCUGGAGUCCAUUGAGGAGUCAGUCCGACAGCUGGGGGACAUGGAGAGGCUGAUGGGUGUGUCCAUGGCUCAGCAGGAGAGCGCUUCAUUAGCCCAGAUGCUCAAGUCCAAGCAGCAGCGCCAUGAGCGUGACCUCUAUGAGCUGAAGAUCAAGGCUGAAAGGGAAGCCCUGGAGACACAGCUACAGCUGGAGGAGAACAGGCAGAGAAUGGCCAGGGCUCAUAUAGAACUACAGGAAAGCUUGGCAGGAACUCAAAAAGAGACUUUGGAGGGCCUCCAGGAGGCAACUAUGAAGAUGAUGAGUCAACAGGCUGAGGCAGCACGGUACACAGCUGACACUGCCCGACACAUCAAGGAGAUGACAGAACUGGCGCGGUCGCAGGUAGCAGGAGCUUUGGUUGCCCCCUCUGUUGCUGCUGACUCUUCCAUGUAUGAUGAGAGAGAGGAACAGCAGAGCUCCUCUUCAAAGCAGCGACAGGACAAAAUUGAUUCUGACAGCUUCCAGAGUGAGGUGUCAAGCAGAAGGAUCAGGUCAGAAGAACCCCUGUCUUCACUGAACAGCCUUAGUCGCUCUGACUCUCUAUCUUUCAGAAGACCCAACCUCAGUGGAGCAGACUCUAGCAGCCCAUCGCAUAUCUCCUCGGACCACAGAGAUCAGAUGGAAAAAGACGCAGUAGAGGGCAAAUUGAGGAUGGGAGGAGCUGAGGAGAAGAUGGAGAGGGAAGCAGGCAGCAGCUCCAUAGAGGAGCAAGUUUUUACAGCAGCAAAUGACUCCCUCUGCAGUGACAGCAUCCCCUCUAUAGUGGAUGAGAAAGACAGUACAUCAGUGGCAACAGAGUACUCUCUCAAGUUCGACGAGUCCAUGACUGAGGAUGAAAUAGAAGAGCGCUCCUUUCGCUCUCUACUGCCCUCUGAGGCACACCGCCGUGGAACUAAGGAGAAGAAGUCUCGCCACCAGGAGGAAUCGGAGGAUGACGGAGCCAGUCGCAACACAACAUUGGUUUCAGGGGCACACAAUAUCUUAAAGGCUCAGGAUGCAAACAUGGCCUUUUCUGGUGGACAGGACAGCUUUUCCCAGUUCACCAUGGACAUGGUGCGUCAGUACAUGAAAGACGAGGAGGUAAGACUUCAACACCAGAGCUCUCUGCUUCGUCUUCGCCAGAAGGCUCUCAAAGAGAAGACCAGAACUGAGCUGGCUUGGCUAGAACACCAGAAAAAGAGACUGAGGGACAAGGGAGAGGAUGACAAGAUGCCACCCCUCAGGAAGAAACAGAGGGGCCUUCUGAUGAAAUUACAGCAGGAGCAGGCUGAGAUCAAGCGACUUCAGGAGGCCAACAAAGCAGCCAGGAAGGAAAGGCAGCUGUUGAUGAAGCAACAGGAGGAGAUUGAGCGGAUGAGAAACUCUACCCUCAGACUCAAGGAGCGUCUCAAGUGUGCUGGAGGUGAAGCACCACCUGAGACUCCUGUGUCAGAAACCCCUGUGUCUGAGGCAGCCUCCCCCAACAUGAGACACGCUGAAGAUGUCCGCUGCCCUUCUCCCUCACUCUCCAUCUCUGGAAGUGAGACUAGCAGCAUCAUGCAGAAGCUCAAGAAGAUGCGCUCUCACAUGGAUGAGAAACACUGUUCUCCUGUCCACUACUUCUUCUCUGUGUUCACGGCCCACCACUGGGCCUCCCUCAGUGUCUGUCUUCCCAACCUCCACCCUAAAUUCCAGCUCUUUAUCUACAACCAGUUGGUCAGGUUCCUGACAAAGCGGGAGCAGCAGCUGAUGCAGAGGCGUCACCAUGCCGAGGAGCUGCUGCAAUGGAAACAGCGGCUGGACCAGGAGGAGGCAGAGGUCCGCAGGAUGGAAAAGGAGGCUCUGGCUGUAUGGGACAGGCAAACACCUCAGGACAAGGACAUGGCAAAGAGUCAGAAAAAAGAGAUCUCCGACAUCAGCCCCAGCCCCAGUCACCAUCGAAGCUCAGAGCCCAGAACUGACAGUGAGAAAGAGUAUGUGAGUGAAGCUGACUCUUCCUCAGCGACACAUGAGUCCAGUAUACACACGGAGGGACUGGGAUCCCAGCAACCAGGAAGCCCAUCUUCAGUACAACCUGCAUCAAUCCUUGAAACACCUUUGAUGUCCAUCCAGAGCAGCCCUGCUAAUUACACCCAAGACUUUACUUCUGCUUCCCAUUCACCUAGCAGACAGUCUCUCCAGUCUCCAUUCAAAGGCAGCCACAGCCCUGCUGCCUCUCCUUCAGAUGGUAGCAGCAAAACCAAGAUGCAGCUUCGCUCCUCCUCCCGGACCACCAACCAGGCCUGCACUCAGCCUACUGACUCCCCCAUGGCUACGCAGACUGAACCCAUUUCAGACCAGAGUGAUAUAGAGAGCCGUAUCAAGGCCCUGAAGGAAGAACUCAGAAAACGAAAGUUUAUGGCCUACCAGCUGAAGAAGGAGCAGAAAAAGAGGCACAAGGAGCGUCUGAAGGCACAGGAGGCUAGCCUACUGAAGCAGCUGGAGAGCUAUGACAACUUCAUUAAGAAAACUAAGGCAGAAUUGAACAAGGAGCCAGACUCAACAACAGAUGCAAAGUCCCAAAUCAAAGGUUCCAUCUCAAUCGCAGAGCAGUCCAGUCUUGUCCAGCCACCUGUUCACAGGUCUGAAACCGGAAAAAUCUCUGACUGUGAAAGGACGCAAAUUGAUGCUUCACUAGAUCACAGUGCCCCUCCUCAGCCCGAUCAUAGUAGAUCCACCUCAGUGCCUGAAGAAUUGUCUGAUGAAGACCCACCAACAGUCACUCCAACCCCAGUUUAUGGCAGCCCAGAGUGUCCGACCUCAGGACUGAGGAGCCGUCUGUCCACAGAUGGUCUUUUAAAACCUUCCUCUAAGGAAGCCCAGGCACAGAUGACUGAGUCUGGGGAUGAGAAUAUUGAGUCGUAUCAAAGAUCUGACAUUCAGGAAGAACUGGAGGUGGAAGCAAGCUUGAAAUCUGAGGAUCAGCAUUCUGAACAUCUUCUCAAACUAGAAGAGGGAGACAGACUGGACUCCCAGGAAAAGCUGUCUACAUUGAAACACAUUUCCUAUUCCAUGAGUGAAGAACAUCAAUAUUCUCUAUCUGUUAGUCUAGAACAAGAUAAACAAAUAAAGACUAGGGAAGCUGAGGAAGGUGUAAAGUCUAAUAUUAUUGCCUCAAGUAAUUCAGCUGCAGUUGACCUCAAAACCUCACCACAUCCAAGUUACAGCUCCUCAUCCAGUGACCAUUCCCUCUCCCCUGACUCAGUUGCCUUCUCUUCAAAUAAGGAGGCACCCAUAAAGGAUGUCGAGGCGUCUUCUCCCACAGCAGAUGGCCCUCAUGAUGACUUUGAGUCAUCAGUGUAUUCUUCACCCAGGGAGGAACAUCAUAGUUCCAAGCCUGCCUCCCACAUCUCAUUGUCCCCUACAGAGAUAAAGGACCAGAGAAAGGACUCCCCUAGCAGAGCCACACCAUAUGACAACCAUGAUGAGGAGGUAGAGGAGGAAAUAGCUGAAGAAUUGGGUUCCCAUUCAGGGUCGAGUGGAGCAAGCAACCAAUCUGGACAACUGCUAGAUCUUCAUGACAAAACAGAAGAUUUCAAACAUGACAGCAAGGACAUUGUUAAUUCAAGUCACUCACCACCCAUCUCUCCUUUGCAGACCGCUCUCUCUCCAGUCAGAGAUGAAAUGUCAAGUUUUAACAUUGGAGAUCGGGUUCUUGUCGGUGGUGUUCAGCCCGGCACUCUGAGAUUCAAAGGUCUAACCAGCUUUGCUAAUGGCUUCUGGGCUGGUGUGGAGUUAGAUAAGUCUGAGGGCAGCAACAACGGGACUUACGAUGGGGUGGUAUACUUUGAGUGUGAUGAGAGCCACGGUAUAUUCGCUCCUCCAGACAAGAUCACACACCUGCCAGACAAGUUUGAGAUCGACGCAGACACCACAGAGGAUGAGGACUCCUUCUUUGAUGAUCUGUCAGAUAAAGGUGGGGAUAAACGUAAAACAGAUGAGGACAAAUCUCAAAAAGAAGGAAAUCUGAAGAGUAAAAAAGAACAAACAUCUCAUAAGGUCUAUGGAUCCAGAGAUAACAAGGCUACAGAUGAGUCUGAACACAAGUAUGGAUCCCACCUCAAUUCACAGCUUUACAAAGAAUCCAAGCACCCCAUCUCUAAUGGCAACACCAGGGACAUAACUCUGGAAUUUGAAGAUGCACCAACCACUCUGCUCAUCUCUGACAUAGACAAGAUUGGCCUGGGUAAGCAGAGUCUAAAGGAGAUUACUACCCUUGAUGAGAAAGAAGACGUAGACUCACAUCACAAGCCUGACGAUCUUUCCACAGACAUCAGGGAUGAUAGGGGAGAACAGAAAGACUUACUGGACACAUUUGCAGACAAGCUCCUCAACAACUUUGUAAAAGACACUGUGAAGCAGUUAGCUGAUAUUAAAAAAGCUAAAGAGAAGAAGAUAGAAGCUGCUAACCAAAUGAACGGACACCUGUCUGGUGAAAAUGUUGAAGAAGAAGAAUGGUUUUCUUCAGUGGAACAAAAAGAUGGUCUACCCUUCUUCCUACCUGCAGAAAAAGAGGAGCUGUCAUCUCCAGAGCUGUGUAACCGACCGGAGAGUCCAGUGUUGGGGGCCAGCGGUCAAGAGGAACUCGCCAAGCGACUAGCAGAGCUGGAACUGAGCCGGGAACUGCUAGAUGAGCUAGGUGACGAUCAGGACUGGUUUGAUGAGGACUUUGGCCUCAGCUCCCGUAGAGAACAGCAGAGACUCAAACAGAAACAGAGAGAGGAAGAGGAAGAGGCAAGGCUGGGAGGAGGAGGAGGACUGGCAAGGUCUGGCUCAUCAGCAGGAGCAGCCCUGGGGGGGCUGGUCUCAUCACCUGGUGGGGAACAGCAGGUAAAGACUCCACCUAGACCUGAGCUACCACUACCUCUGCCCCCCAAACUCCCUGAGCAGCCUGCCAUGGUGGUGCCCCAUUCAGCCGCAGAGGUAGAGAAGAUGGUCCAUGCUGCCACACAGGAGAUCUGGGACAGCUGUGGUCUGGGGAAGGAGGGAACACUGACCCUUGCACAAUUGCCAAACCCCAAACCUUCAGAAGAAUAUCUGGGUAAAGAGGCCAGCAGCCAGGACCAGGAGGCCCUCUGCAUCCGCAGCUACAGAAAGGGUGUGUAUGACCUGACAUGGGAGAUACUUCAGGAGAUCUACGCUGAGGAGCCCAACACUGAUCAGCCUCAGUGGGUCAAACCACGUCGAGUCAAGUCCUCCUUCUUCCAUAGAGUAAAGACGGCAGGAGACAUCACCAAAAUCCAGGAAUUCAUCGCAUCAGAAGUACUGAAGCUGUACGGUCUGAUAAAAGAUCAGAGCCAGAAGACUGACUGGCAGAAAAUGCUCAAAUUUGGCAGAAAGAAGCGGGACAGAGUCGAUCACAUACUGGUUCAGGAACUCCAUGAGGAGGAGGCCCAGUGGGUCAACUAUGACGAGGACGAGCUGUUUGUCAAGAUGCAGCUGGCAGACAGCAUUUUUGAUGCUUUGCUGAAGGACACUGCAAACGUGCUGACGCUAGUCUAUGACAGGAGGGCCAAAAGAGACACCCUCUCCUGACAGCUUUCCGUCUUAGAUUUUAAAAUACAACCUCUAGCUCAACCCCAGUCUCUCCUCACCCCAGUGAACUCCAGCCAACCUACCGCUGCUCUGUCUUCCACCAGCUGAUGUGCCAACAGCGAUCCUCAAAUGCCUUCGGUCCCAGCAUUACCUCUCAACUAAACAACUCCUACUUAUUUCUGUGACAUUAAUUUGCUGAAUUUAAUGUCAGCUAUUUAUAGUGGUUCCGUAAUUUGUUCUACACACAGAACGCCUCUUGAGCAAUCCAGCCUUCUUAAACCUAAACAUCAUCUAGUCUCAGUUCUCACCUCCUGGACUGGUUCUUUUUGUACAUGCCAGUUGGAGAAUGAUUAGAUGUUUGAGGAUGGACUGUGCCAUUUGUUAGCAUUUAAAGUCCAUUGAUGCUGCUAGGUUGAUUGUUCCAUACGGGACUGUAAUAUAAGAUCCACCUGGAACAAAAGUAGGUUGUUAUAUUUUGUAUUGAAUCUUGAAAUAGGUAUAUAUAUAUAUAUAUAUAUUGAUUCAAAAAUUGUAACAGAAAAAGUAGCUGAAAAAGAAAAUAGAGUGUAGUCUAUAAGUGAUUUGACAGUGGCAUGUUAUUGUGUUGGCUUUGUAAUCUAGCACGUUGAAAUUAAACAAUGACAAUGGUUAAACUCUCAGUUUGAGGGCGAUCAGUGAUCAGCCCCUCAUGUGUUGGCUUCUGUAGGUCUGCUUUAAAUUUAAAAAACUGACUGACAUCUGUGAUUCUCAGACAUCAGCAAACAUUACAGCCAUUUCACUUCUUGCUUGUUUCUGGGACUUUUAGUCUGCAGUCUGGUCUUCAACAACUACAACACAUGCUCAGUUUAACUGAGGUCAGAGAACUGACUCAGCCAGUCAGUAUUUGGCCCUAAAAACACCUUGUUUGGCUGUAUGUUUAGCAUCUUUGUCCUGCUGCAUUGUCUUAAAAUUAUUAAAUUAACUAUUUUGAGGAAAAAAAACAUCCAGUACUGUUUACCCAGUAUGGAUAAGAACACUCUGAAACACAAUUAAAGCUGGGAGUCAGCAAACUUUACAAUCAUUGUUGAAUUUUAAGUCCAGUGCUGGAGUGGAGCUACAACGCAUGAAACGUGUCAUCGAUCAGAUAUAAUCAGACUGCGCUGUAUUGGAACGUCACUGAUAUCAAAUAUUGUAUGAAACAUUUUGCCUCCAUACUUAUAUUAUUUAUUGUGUGAAAAUGUUUGAUUAGAAGAGUAAGGAACAUUUUGAAUCACAAGCGAUCUUGUCAACAUAUAGAGAGCAGAUUUUAACAUCUAAUGAAAUUGUAAAAAGCACAAACAGAAAUGUGAAUGUGAUUAUUGCAAUAUAUUAUGUAGGAGGUUUAAAGAAUGCUAUUGAAACAAGAAAAAGAACAUGAGAAGAGAGGGGGUUUAAUAUUUAAACGUAGUGUUAAUAAUUAAUUGAAACUGUUCUGAAUGAUUUUUAUUGUGGCCACAAUUGUCCAGUUGGUCAACACAAUCACUGUGUCCCACUUUCGUACAAUGCGUUAAUGUUUUGAAGCAAACGGUGUGUACUAGUGUUAACACUUUUUACUGUGCUGUAACUGAAGCUUUUGCACCUCAUUCAACAUUGUUUUUAUGUUAGCAUUGUGGGAUAAACAUCCACCAAUGCUAUGUUCAAAAAUCAAGUCAUUUUAGCGUAUAUGCUGGCAUUUUAAAAAAAAAAUGUCAUUAAAUCUCAGACUGACUAUAUAGUGUGCAAGUGGGACACAAAAAACUGGCAGUGGUGUCUUUGAUAUUUUUGGAAUUGCAUUAUACAACAGUACUGAUAUGCUGGAUUUGAGCCUUACUUACCCUACAGUCUGUUUACUUUACAUGACCUGAGAGCACCUGUGGUUGUCUUGUCUCUUUAUCAGUCGCCCCGGUAAAGCUUCCUAGCUGAACCUUUGCCCAAAAAAAAAAAAAAAAAUCUAGUCGUGUAGCAGCAUGGUUAUACUGUGUGCUCCGCUUGCUGCUGUGAAACUUUUCUUUUCACAGCAAUCAGCAAGUUCAAACCAGCCAUCAGAAUGUAGCCUGGCGAUGUUGUUAGACAGCAGAGGUCUUCCUCAACAUUCAGGUCAAGUGCCUCUUUAUGUUGAGUUGUAGAUUUAUAACUAACUUUGUUGAUGUCUCAACAUCCUUUGGACCUAUUUUCUUUGAAUGUCUUGUUCAACUGCUGUAUUCUACCAUUUUGUAAAUGAUCCUUAAAUGACUGCUCUUUCUUCUUACCAGUUUGCCAAUACUUCAGUUUCUGCCUUAACAGUCUUUCUGUAUCGAAGCAUUGCUGAGGACGUUUUUUAACCUGUCUAAUUUUCCUGUGCCUCAGUCUGAGGAAAUGUUUGUAAUGCUAACAGAAUCAAUGAGUCACUCUAAUGUGUCACCUGCUUCUUGUCCACGUCACCCCUGCAUCUGUGCAUGUAGACACAGUUGAGUCAUUUUAUUGAUGAACUGUUUCAGGAACUAGAUUGUGGACACUCCACACACAAACACACAGUGACUCCAGUUCAUCAGCUGCACUGUGUGUGGCACAGAGCUGAUGAGGCUGAGCAUGUACUGUAGGACUGUAUCUAAGGGCUUACUUUGGUCCUCACUGUCAGCGCUGCUUUGAUCCAACAGAGUGUGCACAAACUCAUUGUGGCAUGUGUGACAGAGCUUGCUAACCUUCACUGACUGUUGGGAGCUAAAGUGACCUUAAACUGAGUACUUAGUCUUUUUUCUACCUUUGAUGUUUAAAAGAGUUGCUACUGUGUAUAUUGAAACUGUAAAUUAUAUAAUGCAGAAAAAGACCAAAAACAUUUGACACCAACCUCUCCAUGCUGUAUGACUUGUAUGUUUGGUCUGUAGACAUAUGUAACUGUAAUGGUGACAUAAUUAGUAACCUUAGAAACACUUUCUGCAAGGCUUUAUAACAAACCCUCUAGGAUUGUCCUCUUGAAUUGAUUGUAUGUGGGAGGAAGUUAAGUUCCCCUGUGUAUCUAUGCAGUACUUGGUCUUAUGCAUUGCUUUAUACGUAUGGACCAAACAGCUAAGACUUCUGCUGUAGAUUGAUAUAAACCUUCAAGAAGUUUGAAGCUGUUUGGUAUAGGGCGAAGUUUAUCUGAAUGACUGAAUUGGCACAAAAGAUUUGAUUAUUAAAUAAACCCAGUCAGGUGAGAUUUCCCUGUUCAUCUUUUGUCAAAAUGUUAAUGAGUAUUUAUAAUAAUGUGCUGUGAGUGCACACCAAGUGCACUUGAAGACUUGUACAAUUCUUUUAUGGAUGUAAAUAUACUGUAUAUCCAAUCUGACCCACUGUUACUGUAACCUGAUUGUUGUAAAAUAAACACUGUUUGCAAAUAUGUGCAUAGUAUAUAUUUGUUAACUAAAUGAACUUUGAAAUUGUAAAUAAAGCUUUCGUUGUUUCUA